UUUCUAUCAUGAAACCAAACCUAACCAUUUUACAUGCAAACAAAAUUUCAUUAAUCUAACAUAUCAUCUUAGAAUUUUUUUUGUAACAUUCUUUAACAUCAUUAGAUUGAAGGAGGGUUAUCCCUUUUCAUAAUUACCCUUCUUUUGUCUUCUUUAUCUAAUUGAUCAAAUACUAAUUUCAACAAGAAGAAAGAACUCCUCUAAGAAAAAACAAGAAGAAAACACAACAAAAAUUGCAAAGGUCAACAAAUUCUACAUCAAGAGAUUCAAUAGCCAAAUUGUUUUGAACCUUUGUUUUUUUUUUUUUUAAUAAAAAAAACAAAGGUAGAACAUUAAAUAAGGUCUAAUUAACAAUGGUUAGGGCUUUUAAUCACCAAUUCAGCAUGCAGAAAUCAAGGUCUUUUCAUUUUAGAAAAAUGUUUGAGAUCCCUGGGAAACAUAUUCAAGGUUUAUUUGAUAAGGAUCAUGAUGAAGGAAGUGAUCAUAGUGAUCAUAAAGUUCACUCAAAAAGCUUUGAAUCAGCAAGAUAUACCAGUGAUAUUCCAUUGGAAACUCAGCCAAUAGGAGUUUCUCUCAAUAUUAAUAAUGAUCAUAUUCAAGAAGCUGUAGCUAGAAUGCCUCCUAAGCCACCACCAACAGAAUCUGACUUGAUGAAGGAAAGAUUUGCUAAGCUGCUUCUAGGAGAAGACAUGUCAGGUGCAGGAAAUGGUGUUUCUUCAGCAUUGGCUUUGUCAAAUGCCAUAACAAACCUUGCAGCAUCUGUUUUUGGAGAACAAUCAAAGUUGGAGCCAAUGUCUCAAGAAAGGAAGACUAGGUGGAGAAAAGAAAUUGAAUGGCUUCUUUCUGUGACUGAUCAUAUUGUUGAAUUUGCUCCAUCACAACAGUUAGCUAAGGAUGGAUCAACCAUGGAGAUCAUGACAACUCGGCAAAGAAGCGAUCUGCUCAUGAACAUUCCAGCCUUGCGCAAGCUUGAUGCAAUGCUCCUUGACAUUUUGGACAACUUUAGAGAUCAAAAUGAAUUCUGGUAUGUCUCAAAAAGUGAUGAGGAAGCUGAAGGUAACACUGUCACUCAAAGAAAGAGUGACAAAUGGUGGCUACCAAUUGUUAAAGUUCCUCCAACAGGGUUAUCAGAUGUAGCUGUGAAAUGGAUACAGUUCGAGAAAGACAAUGUUAACCAAGUACUUAAAGCAGCCAUGGCAAUAAAUGCUCAAGUACUAUCAGAGAUGGAGAUACCUGACAACUACAUCGAAUCUCUCCCUAAGAAUGGUAGAGAAAGCCUUGGUGAGUCAAUCUAUAAGUGCAUUACUGUGGAAUACUUUGAUCCGGGACAAUUCCUCUCAACAAUGGACAUGACCACCGAACAUAAAGUUCUUGACCUCAAGAAUAGGAUUGAAGCUUCUAUUGUAAUAUGGAAAAGGAAGAUGAAUAAAGAUGGAAAAUCUUCAUGGAGUUCAGCAAUAAGCAUGGAGAAGAGAGAACUCUUUGAAGAGAGAGCAGAAACAAUAUUGUUGAUGAUCAAACAAGAGUUUCCAGGACUUCCACAGUCUUCACUUGAUAUCAGCAAAAUCCAAUACAACAAGGAUGUGGGACAAGCCAUUCUAGAGAGCUAUUCAAGAGUAAUAGAAAGCUUGGCUUAUACAGUUUUAUCAAGGAUUGAUGAUGUUUUAUAUGUGGAUUCAAUGACAAAGAAUCCAUCGUUGGCGGCAUCCAGUCGGAGAUUCUCAUUGGAUUCUUUGCCAAUGUCUGAUCAAACAUCUCCAAACUCUGAGGAUAGUGGGAUAGGAAGGAUGAGUUCUUCAGACACACCACCAUCAAUGACUCUCUCAGAUUUCAUGGGAUGGACAAAAGGAGAUUUGAAAAGGACUAAUUCUACAAGUGACUUAGAAGACUUGAAAGAGAAAGAUGAAAAAGUUUUGAAUAAGCUUGGAACACCAAAGAAAAAUUAUUACUUGGACAAGCUUGAAUAUUUGAAUGCUAUAAGAAGUCCUAUCGCGCGACAUUAAUAUCGGUAACGAAAAAAGGGAAGAUUAUAAAAGUUCAAUGCAGAUGUAAACAAACACAAAGAUUAAGACCUUGGUUAUGCAGUAGUAGAAUCUCUUGUGUGUUUUUCUUCUCAGCAUAACCAGCUUGUACAUUAUGUAAAGUCUCUUAGGUUAUUGUGUAAUUUCUGUACUUGUAAAUUCUUUUAUUUCUUCAAAAUAGUGGAAGGUUCAUAGUACUUCUACUAAUGUUACUGUUAAAAUGGUCAAAAGACUUUUGAAUAGGAGUUUGA